AUGGUCGCCGCCGCCUGCUUCGCCUCCGCGCCGUUUUCCUCGUCGCCCGUUCCCUUCCCGCUCUCUCCCCAGCGCCGCUUCGACAAAGGCGACGGGGAAGAGACCGGGAUGGAAACUCACCGCCCGGAGAUGGCUGCCGGGGGCUCCGUUCCGGCUGCGGUUGCGAUGGCGCAACCUGCUGCUGCUGUUGCUGCUGCCGGUGCUGCGAGAGCAGCACCCUCGACGCCCGCCGGGCUGUCGUCCCUCCACCCGGGCGACGCCCGGCACUUGAUCUCCGAGAUCCGGAGGUCCAGCGGCCGCUGCGGCGGCAACGAGGGGGAGCUCCGACUCCCAAAAGCACAGUUCAGCUCGCCCCUGGCCAGGAAAGGCCAGGAAGCUUAUAAAAACGGCACCACUGGCCAGGACAGUGAAGGCCCAAAGGCAGAGAGAUGGGCAUCAGCGGGGAGCCGGGCCCAGAACGGUCAGAGCGACCAAGAAGUGGAGGACGCCCUGGACGCUGAGCCGGCCCUGUCAAAGGUGAAGCGGAAGCUGUACCCGGCAGAGAGGCUUGUACCCUCACCCUCGUCUCCCGCUGGCUCUGUCGUACUGCCGCCGUCAUUGCAUAAAGAUCAGACCGCUGGUGGUGCACAUGGGACCGAACCGCAGGGGGGCAUUCCGGAACUGCCAAGACCUUCCGGAUCGCGUGCUCCGGCAGACAAGAAUCAGAGUCUGUCCGCCGGGAACCAUCAGACAGAGCCGGCAAAAAGGGGGCCGAAGCGAGCCUCACGUUCCGGAAAGCGUGCCCGCAAGCCCGAGCAUCAGACAGAUCAAGAUGGCAACGACACCGAGCGUUCACGGGGCGGUCCAGUGGCAACUGCUUCUUCAAAUUCUCGUGAACAAAACGGCACAAGGGCGAGAAAGAGGUCCCGGAAGAACAUCCAGGACAAGCCCGAUGGCGACCGCCGCAACAAAGCCAGGGGUCAACCCGGCCCUGCUUUGGCCGGUCCUUCGAACGUUGCAGCCGGACAUUGUGACGACCAACUCACCAUCGACGAGGCUGGAGUCUGCGGCUCCUCACGAGCCGCCACCGAACAACCCGACCGUCAAACCGAUGAUUCCGCCGCUACCGAGUUCACCCAGAACCUCAUCGAGGCCCUGUUCCCGACCGUCCCCGUGGUUUUUGACGUCGGGGCCAUCAGGGGCCGAGUCUGGUCGCCGCUGAAUGGCAAGGGCGAGUUUGACCCCCAUUGGACAACCUAUCCGUUGGACCCGUCCCUCCCUCUUGUCCCGGGCGAAGGCUCCUGCUCCCCCGCGGACCUGGACCAGCCGGACAGCGCGCUCCCGUCGACCAUACACGCGUGGGCGCUGCAGGAGGCGCGGGAGGGGACGCUGUUCGCGUCGACGGUGGCGCGCGUCCGGGCGACGGCGGCGGCGGUCGAGAGCGGCGCCUUCGACGCCGUCGUCGACGACCCGCCUCCCGUCCCCCCGGACCUCCUCGCCCGCCUCGUCUCGCGCCCCUUCCGCUUCCCGCGCACCGGCACGAAUCCGUUCCUGGGCGCCGCCAUCGCCGCUGCUGCUCCCCACGCCAAGGAUGACGACGACGUCAACGGCAACGAUGACGGCAGCGACGGCGGCAAUGACGACGAUGACCUGCUCGUCCAGCCCUCAUGGCCGCCGGCGCCUCCGGCGGAGGGCGUCGAGGUCCCCCCUGCGCUGCCGCACACCAUCUGCGACGCCAUACAGUUUGACCGCGGCGGCGGUGACGACAAGACGGUGGCCGCCUCGAACCAGUACAAGCAGUCGAUAGCCGCGUCGCGAGCUGAGGCACCUUGGGAUCCUCCGAGCUGGAAGGGCAAAGGAGUGGAUCGGGAUAUGGGUAGUGCUGCCCGAGUUGCUAGACAGAAUGGGCUCGGAAGUGGUGAGGAUGCACAUGAAAAUGACGAUGAAGCACCAACUUGCGACACCGAUGGUACUCUCCAAAGCAUUACGGAGGCAAUGAGGCUAGCCUGCACCGGCCCGGCCGUGUUGCCGAGCGCGAGAUAUUAUCAAAGCUGCCGAGUCACGGACAGUCAGAUGAAUACGGAAAGGAACAACAACGGACAGGCGACAGCUAGUUUUGCGGGUGGUCUGAGCUACACUCCCAUUGACCAUCUAGGGGUCAUCAACAACAUUCCCAACUUGAACUCGAUUUCUGAGGAGAUUAACGAACCUCGGGAGGGAGACCAGCCCAACAACGCGCGUGACGACACUGCUCCUGCCGCUGGAACCGGCCACAACCGAGAUCUUGGCAUGGAGGUCGUCGACAACCCAAGGGGGCUCACAUUUUCUAACCGCCAUAACGACAAAGAUGAAGAUGACAAGUACGGAGACGAGCUCGAUGCCGAGUUGGCGCCGCCCAAAAGACCCGCGACUGAUGUCAGUACCUCCGUGGUCGCGCAAUAUCUGACCGAGAUGACACCCGCCGCCAACCCGGCCGCCAACAGCGCCAUUGCCAGCAGCAGCACCAGCAGCAGCCAGCCAAGCAGCGCCGCAGGUCUGGUCCCCCCGCUGGUGGCCGCGCCUGAGCAGAUUUUCGACUUGGAUGGUCUGGGCGAUGACAACGCAGUCGGCCAGGCGCUCGGCUUGACGCGGGCAGAAAUGGACGCCAUCCUUUCAGGAGGGCCAGCCAGUCGCCCGAUUUCAUUUGACCAAGGGAUAAAUUAA